ACGCAAUUUUCCCGCCACGGUGUAUUGUGCGGUGCUGAACUCUGGAACGUGCAUGUUGUAGCAGCUAGUUCUUGUUAAAGGAGUAUUAAGUUUGAACUUUUGUGAGUUUCUUAAUCCUGCAGCAAUGCCUACGGUUCACGACUGGAUCAAUAAUCCACUGGGUGUUGUUGAUGGGAUGUUUGCCCAGAGUCACUCCAGUCCAGACUGGGAGAAGAAAGUUGUGGAGUAUUUCAAAGAGAAAUUGAAACUAAACGAUGCUCAAGCAUGGGUUCCAUCUCUGAAUGAUGUUCCCCUGCACUACAUGAAGCCUAAUAGUCUUGUGAAAUUCCGUUGCAUGGUCCAAGAUAUGUUUGACCCAGAAUUUUUCAUGGGUGUUUAUGAGAUGAAUGAUCCCACAUCAAACUCUAAACAGGUGAAAUGUGGAAAAUACAAAGAUGUCACAGAGUGUGGGCAGGUGGACUUUAACUCAAAAAAAACAGUGACGUCAGAGAGACAGACCUUUUAUUGUGUCCCCAUCCCUGGAGAAUCUCAGUGGGUCAAGGAAGCAGGCACCAGUCAAGCGCGAGUGGUGCCCUCCACAUCCUAUGUCCCGAACAGGCAUAAGCGCAGCUAUGAGGAAGAUGAUGAGAUGGACACACAGCCCCAACAGAUGAAAGAUGUCAGUCAAGGAGCUCACAGCUCUGCUGAGUCUCAUGGCAACAUGGAGCCGAAGCGUCAGGAGACAAAAGCCCCUAGUCAGGACUCGUCCCCGUCACACUGCACAUCCAGUCUGGACCUCAACUUCCCUUUGCCUGGAGAAAAGGGCCCAGCCUGCCUUGUUAAGGUAUAUGAGAACUGGGAUAGUUUCAAACUGAAUGACAUGCUGGAAGUAUUUGGCAUCCUUUCUGUGGACCCUGCCUUGAGUGUGAUUGCAGAUGAAAGAGAGGCGUCUUCACUGCUGGACCCCACGGAGGGAAUGGAAACUGUGGAGGAGCAAAGAGUUCACAGCCCGCCAGCAUCCCUUGUACCACGACUGCACAUGCUGUAUGCCCAGCCUCUAGUGCACAACAACCCACUACUGCCCUCUAGUGCCUUGGAGAAUAAUGGUAACCAUUUAAGCAGUGUUCUUGGAGAACUGGCUUCAGUCAGAGCAGAGCUGCUCACCUUUCUCACACAUGUCCUAAUGGGGGAUUCACUCGCUGCUGAGUACCUCAUUCUCCAUCUCAUCUCCAAUGUAUACAGCAGACGGGAUGUUCUUCCUUUGGGCAAAUUCACAUUGAAUCUCAGUGGCUGUCCUCUCAGCUCUCCAUACACUGAGCAUCUCUACAAUGUCAUCCAACAGCUUGUGCCAUCUUCAUUCAGGCUAUGCAUGAGCCUGCAUAAUAUGAACAACCAACGGAUGGUGCCACGGAAAGACUACACAGCUAACCGCCUGAUGAGUGGGAUUCUUCAGCUGGCCAAUAACACGUCACUGUUUCUGGAUGAGACGCAGCUGGGGCAGGGCCAACUGGAUACCACAGGUGUGCAGAAUAUCACUGCACUGGGGAACCUGAUCUCCUGGCAGAAGGUUGAUUACGACUUCAACUACCACCAGAUGGAAUUCCCCUGCAAUAUUAACGUGCUUAUCGCAUCCGAGGGCCGAUCACUCCUCCCGUCUGACUGUCGGAUUCACCUACGGCCCACCCUUAAUCCACCUAACCUGGAGGAGUACCUGAGCGCUGUGCAAGUGGCGCAGGUUCCAUCUCAGAUCAACAAGUAUCGCAUCUAUCUGAGCAUGGCACGUGCCCUGAACUACACCAUUUCGGAUGAGAUCACAAAGGCAGUAGAAGAGGAUUUCGUAGAAAUGCGAAAAGAUGACCCUCAGAGUAUGUCUGCGGAAGAUCUUCAUAGAUUGCUGGUUGUUGCGAGGUUGCUGUCUUUAAGUCACGGGCAGAACACACUCUCUAGAGAUGGCUGGAUGAAAGCCAAGCAGCUAGAGGUCUUGAGAAUAAGUCAAACACAGCAGCAGAAAUGUGUGAACGGAAACGAGCCUUAAAAUCUAUUGCUAUUUUCAAAUACGUCAACAUGAACCAUACGUGUCAAUAUUUUGGAUUCAAAUGUAGUUUUCAUAUAGCAUUUGAUUUGUACAGUUUUUUUUUUUUUUUUACUUUAUUUUAAACUUGUGGUCAAUUACAGACACUGGUGAAGUAGAUUUUUGAUGAAUGCAUUGUUAAAUUUUGAUUUUGGUACUUGCAUUGUAUAUUAACAUUUAUAUGCAAAUGCAGACAUGUGACAAAGAUUAACUGCCUUACAGCAAAUAUGUACAUUUGUGGCACAGGGGUAUUAGGAAAAAUAAAGUUGUGAAUACUCUCCA